GUUUCGACAGCAGAGAUAGAUUAAAGAAGCAUGAUGGCUGAAUUCAGAUGGAUUAAAACAUCUUUAUUGCUCAUACUGGUGUUUCAGUUUACAGCAUCAGUCGGACUGCUUAGUGGCUCUUUGGCCGUCAGAAAUGGAGAUGAUGUCACUUUGCCUUGUGAAAAUGUGAUAGACGAUCAGACUGACUGUGACAGCACUUUAUGGGUCUACAGCAAAUCAAGAAACACUCUAACAAUAGAACUGUUUAAACUUGGGCAGAUUGGUAAAAACGUUAAAUCAGACAGACUGAGUGUUACAGAGAACUGUUCUCUGGUUAUCAAGAAGGUCACUCGUGAGGAUGCUGGCCAUUAUGGCUGCAUACAGAUCAAAUCAGGACGACAACAAGGUCAAGACGCUCUGGUUGAUCUGUCUGUUAUUAACAUGAGUUACCAUGAGGACACUGAUGAGGUGACGUUAAAGUGCUCUGUGGCCACAUAUGAACGAUGUACACACACAGUGAAGUGGCUGUUUGAGGGUAAAGAAGUGGAUGAAGACAACAAAGGCAUAAAUACAUCACAGUCACCCUGCUCUGCCUCUGUGGCCUUUCAGACUUCCCUCUCCAUCUACACAUCAAGAUAUAAGUUAUUUACAUGUAAAGUGACUGGAGAUGACAAAGUGCAGGAGUUUUCCUUCAGAUCUCAAUCGUCAGGUCAGAAACCAGCUUUUACAUGUCAGUCUGCUCUGGACUACAUCAUGUUGGUGAUGCGUGUGGCUGAACUCCUCCUAAUAACUGUGAUUACUGUCCUUCUCUUCAGAGCUCCAUGGAACCAGAGCCCACCUGAUGACAACACUGUGAAAAAUGAUGAAAGUGUGGCGAACUAUGAAAACGUUGAAGAGCCCUCAGUCUCUGUCAGAUUGCACUGAUCAACAACAAUUUCCAUAUCAACAUCAACAUUUCAGCGAAAUGGGUCCAAUAAGCAUUGCAUUCAUUUGAGUUUAGAGUUUUAGAUGACUAAUUGAGAAAUUGAGUGAGAAAUAUGCGUG